AGAGGAAAGCUUGUUUUGAGGAAACCUUGCUUGUAGCUUGUUUUCUACAUCACUACGAAAGAAAAGAGGCGUCAAUUGUGUAGUAAAAACGUUUUGCUCGUUAUUUAUUGAUCCAGAAAUGUCGAAUCUGUGAAUAUCUUGCUAACUUUACCGAACUUCGAGGAAUAUGAUUUCAUACACAGUUUUCAUCUCCGUGUGCUUGUGUGGUGUGUUUGGUGAUGAGACACAUGGAGUAAAGACGGUUUCAGUGAUGGAGGGAGAUUCUAUCACUUUAAACACCAAUGUUAAAGUACAGAUAGAAGAUCAGAUUCUGUGGACAUUUGUACCUCAAAGUAUGCAAAUAGCAGAAAUUAUUAAAAGGGACCAGUUGUACUUUGUAUUUGUCAAUAAUGAUGGGAGAUUCAGAGACAAACUACAUAUGGACAAUCAAACUGGAUCUCUAACCAUCAGAAACAUCAGAUCUGAACACAGUGGACUUUAUCAGCUGCAGAUCAGUAAUUCAAAAAUCUUAGUAAAGAGAUUCAAUGUUACUUUGUAUGCUCCUCUUCCCAUUCCCGUCAUCAUCAGAGACUAUUCACAUUGUUCUUCAUCCUCACCAGGAUGUUCAUCAGUUCCUAAAUGUCUCCUGCUGUGUUCAGUGUUGAAUGUGGGUCAUGUGACUCUCUCCUGGUACAAAGGAAACAGUUUAUUGUCCAGCAUCAGUGUGUCUGAUCUCAGCAUCAGUCUCUUUCUACCUCUGGAGAUUGAGUGUCUGGAUGAUUCUUACAGCUGUGUUGUGGCUUAUUCAUUCACCAACCAGACUAAACACCUCAGCAUCACUGAACUCUGUCUGACAUGUUCAGAACUCCUCCGACAUGCACUUGGGAUACUGGUGAUAACAUCCAUAUUUCUGCUGUUAGCAUUCAUUGUAGUUGUGCUGAUGAUCUGUUGCCGUUUAAAAGAAAAGGACAGCCCAGACGAAGGAAAACAUGGAUAAUGCUGAUAAGAAAUGUAGUAAACAGGGAGCUCAGGAUAAGAUAUGUGUCUCCGUUCCUUCAAAAGACAGAGUGAUGAAGCCAAUCAGUGUAUUGGGGUGAUUAGGAGGUCAUGA